GCCCUCAGCUUCAGAAGUGGGAUACCGGUCCCCGCGGAAACACAACGGAAGUGCAGAUAAACGGAUUUCCUGACAUUUCGACGAAAUUCGCGACGAUGCCAUUGACGAGACAAAUGGCUGCGAAGCAAGCGGAAGAUGGUGCCGUGAGGAAGGGCGAUCCGCCAUUUUUUGAUGCGGAGAAUGACGAAACGAAGAUGGAUAACCCGGACAGUGACGAAGAGAAAACGAUUUUCAACCGAAACAACGCUCCGAAACUAGCCGGAGGAGUUAUACCAACAGCACAGAGUGUAGGUCAAUUUCCAACAAUGACAUUACACCCGUACGACGUGGGCCGCCUGAUCCCAGAGUAUUCGGAAGGAGACGGCGUGUGCAAGUGGUUACGACGAAUCGAUCACUUUCGUGUAAUUUAUGGGUGGACGGAACAAAUGUGCCUGCUAUACGCCUCGACUCGGUUGGCGGGUGCAGCCGCAAACUGGUAUAGACGUCAUGAGGAGCGGAUUUUCGAUUGGCACCAGUUUAAGGAUCGGAUUGUGAUUGCUUUCCCGGAAAUGUACGAUGAGGCUGAUAUUCAUCGUGAGCUGGAAUCUGUGCGGAUCGAAAAUGGCGAAUCCUACGAAUCGUAUGUUUACCGUGUAGAUGCCAUUGCGCAGAAAGGCGAUUUCAGUGUAUCGGCCACGCUGAAAUAUGUCAUCAAAGGAUUACGCAACGACAAAGUCUAUCGUAGCUUACUUUCAAACCAAUAUACAUCUUUACUGGAUUUGUUGCGGCAUAUCAAGUGGAUCGCUUCAAACAUGGAGAUGCUUCCAUCCGUCGUCGCCAGACAAUCGAGGGCCAAUGUUGUGUUACCAUCGUCGGGAACAGAAGUGACGUGCUACAAUUGCCGCGAGCAAGGCCAUCGAUCAGUGGACUGUCCAAAGCCUCAGCGCAAAGAGCGGUGCACAAAAUGUCUGCGGGUUGGACAUACAUCGGACGGUUGUUCAUCUCGCUAUCAUCCACCACAACAUGGGACAUUCGUUCGAACGGAAGGUGCAAAGCUAACCACCACCAACGCUAUAUUUGAAGGAGUAGAAUCGGGCAGCCAGGUUACGGUGAACCAAGCCUCUCAGCAGGAAAUUGAAGUCGAAGCAGCUGGAGAGCGUCUCCGUGCAAUGGCUUUGCUCGACACAGGAUCAGAACGACAACUACGAUAGAGAUUUGGGUAGUCUUCGAGAGGCAGCUAGCGAAAGUAUGCGGAAACAGCAGCAAUAUAACAAACAC